AUGAGCUACCAAGUCCUACUCAGCGGUGAACAAGAUGCAAAGGUUGCUGAAAAGCGGCGAGCCGUGUACCUCCGACCUUUCCUACUAUUCUGGCUCAAUUCUCUCUUCGCCGAAGUCAUCUUCCUGGCCGUCGGCGUCUUUAUCAUGACCGGAACUCGGGACCUGGUCUACAAAGUGCUAUGGACGUUGGUCUUUUGUCCAUUGGGCAUGGGUGGAGCGAUGGGAGGCCUCAUAAACUGCUUUAUUGUCGACCAUUAUUACGGAAAGAAGGCAGCUCACUUCACGGGGAUUCUUUCAUUGCUUGUUCUGAGUAGCUGCAACUAUCUAUGCUACAACCUUGACAAACAUUUUGGGUGGUUUGGCGCUUCGGAACAUCCGUGGUGGUUUCAUUGGCGGUAUCCUAUGAUAUGGGCUGUCGGCUAUUUGAAUGGACUCCUUUUAUUCACAGACAAGGGUCAAGAGAGGCUGGCUCGAAUGGGUCUUUAA